CUGAAUUCCAAAAAUAAAGGGCCACAUAUUAUAUUAAAUUAAACGAAUAAAUUGCACCCAAGAGCGCUUCAAGUGGGCCAUUCCGUUUGCAGUUGUUGGCUGGAGGAGACUCACAGCAUAGAGCUCGUAAAGACAAUUACAUAUACAGAUAGGAAGCCAGACAAAUCGAAAGCAAUUGCAUAUUGUCCGCCUGUGCUGCAAUUGGGCAGCUUGGUGGACAGGGGAAUGUCCCACUUUAUGCAUAGCGCCACUAGCGAUCUAGUCCAUCUCAAUGUGGGUGGCCAACGGUUCUCAACGUCCAGGCAGACGCUUACGUGGAUUCCGGAUACAUUUUUCACUGCUCUACUCAGUGGCCGAAUCUCGAGCCUGAGGGAUGAGCAUAAUGCCGUGUUCAUAGACCGAGAUCCCACUCUAUUCUCAAUUAUAUUGAAUUAUUUGCGGACAAAAGACAUUGACAUUAAGAACUGUGAAAUUCGUGCCCUAAGGCAUGAAGCUGAGUAUUAUGGCAUCACUCCGUUGACCAAGCGAUUGGCCCUCUGCGAGGAUUUGAAUCAUUCGUCCUGCGGAGAUGUACUGUUCUAUGGAUUUUUGGCGCCUCCGUCGAUGCCAAACAAUGAGUCGGUGUCAUCGGCCAUGGAUGAAUCGAUGUUGCCGUCUACUUCUGCCAAUUCUGCAGCUCCGCGUCCUGGCUCUAUGGUUCGAGUACCUGAGCCAUCCCGUUCACACUCGCGCAACUCGUCGUGGGAUCUGCGCUGUGGUCGGGCCAGCACCAGUGGCAACAAUGUCUCCAAUCCUACCGGAGCACCUAUGCUGCACUCGAGAAAUCCUUCGUUGGAUUUUAUGCGACACUCACGCAACUCAUCCGCUGAUCUAAACAAAGUGAUUAGGAACGAGGUGGGCAUGGUCUUCAGUCCCACCCAAACGUCCAAUUGGGUGGAUCCUCUGCGUGUGCAGAUUAUAAAGGCCCAUCAGAACUGGAUUGCCGUGGCAUAUGCUCAUUUUGUUAUCUGCUACCGGGUGAAGGACUCCAAUGGAUGGCAGCAGGUGUUCACAUCUCCCCACAUUGAUGCCCCCAUCGAGAGAAUAGCCAUCAAUUCCAAGGUGAAUACAUCAACGGCUGAGCCGAUUCCCAGCAAAAUGGUGGCCAUCUCUUAUGGCAGUCAAAUUCGAUUAUGGAGUAUUCAAGAUGUGGGAGGCCAAAAGACCGAUAUUGGCAUUUUCAAUCUCAAUGUUCGAGUGGAAUAUCUCUUCUUUAUAGGAAGCCAGCUCGUAGCUCUAUCAUCCUCAGGCAAAAUUGGCGUCUGGCAUGCGAUGACUCAGCACUGGCAGAUCCAGGAUCUGGUGCCUGUCCUGUCCUUUGACUCGGCUGGCUCUUUCUUGUUGUUGGGUUGCAACAAUGGAUCCAUCUACUACAUAGAUAUGCAGAAAUUCCCUUUACGUAUGAAAGACAAUGAUUUGCUGGUUACCGAACUGUAUAAGGAUGCCACUCUGGAUCCCAUUACCGCAAUUUCCGUUUAUUUGACCCCCAAGACUUCGAGCAUCAGCGGCAAUUGGAUUGAAAUUGCUUAUGGAACGAAGUCGGGUGCCGUCCGUAUUAUUGUCCAGCAUCCAGAAACUGCAGGCCAUGGGCCACAUCUCUUUGAGACAUUCUUCGUCCAUCAGAGUCCCGUCACCAAAGUGAUGCUGUCAGAGAAAUAUCUAGUAUCCGUAUGCAGCGAGUAUCAUCAUGUGCGCACCUGGAGUUUAACACGUUUUCGAGGAAUGCUUUCCACACAGCCGGGCUCCACGCCAGAGGCAUCUUUCAAGAUUGUAUCGCUGGAGGCCACAGAUUCCAAUUCUAGUUAUGCGGCUGGUAAUGAUUUUGGUCCCUAUGGCGACUAUGAAGACAUGAUCUUUGUACAGAAAGUCGUUCCUGAGACGGAUCAACUGUAUGUGCGUCUAGCAUCCAACGGAGAUCGUGUCUGCGUCAUUCGCUCUGUGGAUAGCUCCACUAUAUCAUCGUUUUGCGUUCACGAAUGCGAAGUUGCCUCGCGCAUGGGCUCACGAUUUAUACUCACAGGCCAUUGUAAUGGCGCUAUUCAAAUGUGGGAUCUAACCACUGCAUUAUCACUUCUUUCCAAGGAUGAACCCCAGCAGAAAACCAACGGCGGACCCGACACCAAUGAGCUUCUCCGCCUGUUGGAUCAAUGCGAAAUCUCAAAUUCUUUAUGCUCAACACCUUGUAUGUCACCGUGUCUAUCAACUCUGGGCAACGGCUCUGGACUGGCCUACACAUCCAUAGCCCGAAUGAAGGCCAGCAACAUAGCGUUGCUGAAUCGGGAGCACCAGAUGCCGCCACCACCACCAUCGCCAGCGCAAGUCCAGAUGCAGGGACAACAACAGCAACAGCUAGCAGCGGCGGCAGCAGCUGCGGUAGCAGUAGCUCCUGCUCCUGCACCGGCUCCGUCUGCUGCUCCUCCAGUUGUAAUACCCAUGAUCGAUGGCAACAACGAAUGAAACGUGGAAGUGGCAGCUUCUUCAGCGCUUGUCGGGCGCGUUUCAUCGAUUACAUUUCCUAGGUGUGGCAUGAUCUACGAUUAUCAAAUUAUAUUCCUGCAGUUCACAUUCUGCGCCCUCCUUUACGUCUGCUUAUUGCGAAUCUGGCGGGGCACAGUGCCUAAUAAUAAUAAUAAUAAUAGUAAUUGAACUGCAAAAUUUAGCAUUUAAAUCAAAAAUGAAAUAAUCUCCAUUUUAAUUCGUGCUCGAUGUCCUGGAAACAAAAAUUUAACCGAAAUGUAUCCUCGUCAAAAAUGUUAUGUGAACCUAAAGGGAGAUUUCUUUAUUUCUUCAAUUUUUUCUCUUUUUUUUUUUGCUAACUUUGUUGUAGUUAAAGUUGUGGAAUUUAGUUAAAUUAAUAUGAACCAGAGUAUAAGACUUCUGUAAACGAUCUUUAUAUAAUAUAUAUACACACAUAUACCACAUUAGUAAAACAUAAUGCACAAUUUGGAAUGGGAUUCUUGCACUAUAAAAUCGAAUGAAUAGAUAUGUUAAAACUAUUGCUAUAAAAACUAUAUAUAUUUGAAUUAUCAACUGUGACUAAUUUUUUCUUCAAUAUUCAUCAUUCAAUUCAUAUUUCCUUUUGUUAAACAAUUGAUCCAACUGUUCAUUUGAAUUAGCUAACGAAUUUAAUUUAGUGCAAACAUCCCAUAAACAAUAUCAAAUCAGCCGUGUACAGGUCAUGUUGUAAACCAGAAUUCAAUAUGCAUAUGUAAUAAAUAUUAGUUAUACACAAAUUAAA